CAACAGUUAUCAACAGCCGGUCGGCGCAAUCAGGUGAUUGAGGUGCGAUUGUACUUGAUAACAAUGAGUGAAUGGCUAGCUGUUGACCCGUACGAUCUUUGUGAAGGGUUGGAGAAGGUACCUGUUCAUUUCGAAGACAAAAGGCUGACAGAAACGGCGAAGGAAUUCAAGUAUGUAAGAUCAAACAUUCCCCACAAAGAAACUCCUCUGGAUGACUUUGAGACCCAAAUCUCUGGAUGUGACUGUCGGACAAUUUGCACAGAGGUCUGUCAGUGUAUUGCAAGAUUUGGACCAAACUACUCGACUAACCACAAAAUCUUACCCGAACUCCUCACAGCUUCCUCUGUGAAACCUGUAUUUGAAUGUAACACUAAAUGCUCUUGUGAUAAGACAUGUGUUAACAGACUUGUACAGUUUGGAGUUGGUAUAAAAAUGGAAGUCUUUACAUCAGAAGCUAAGGGUCACGGUUUGAGGACAUUAGAAAACAUUCCAAGUUGUUCUUUUGUUUGUGAAUAUGCUGGUGAAGUGUUAUCUGAGAAAGAGGCACAAAAAAGAAUUGAUCGUCUAACCCAUGAAGAUAUGAAUUAUUUGUUUGUACUGAAAGAACAUUAUUCUUCAGGAACUGUGAACACUUGUAUCGACCCGAAAUAUAUUGGAAAUAUUGGACGAUAUAUCAACCAUUCAUGUGAUCCAAAUCUAAUCAUGGUUCCAGUGAGAGUGGACAAUAAUGUGCCAAAAUUAGCCCUGUUUUCUAGAUGUGAUAUUCCAGCCAAUCAGGAACUUUGUUAUGACUACAGCGGCCAAUCAGAAGACAGGAAAUCUACAAACUCUGAUGAAGCGACAAGGAAACCGUGUCUGUGUCAUUCCCAAAACUGUUGGGGUUAUUUGCCCUUUCAUCCACAUAUACUUGAGUGAUGUUGCAGGAAUAAAGUGUAUUAAGACCAUA